CGAUUGAUUACCAUUGUUUAUAUGACAGGAGAAAUGGAUUCAAGACCCUGGACCGUAAUUGACAUAUCCGAAGCCCAAGUUGACGCACAACUCCAAUGUUGUAUUUGCUUGAGGCACUACAGUAUCAAUGAAAGAGUCAGCCGUUUGGUUUGUAACCAUGUCUUCCACGAGGCCUGCAUCACCCAAUGGUUCCAGCGGCAACAUACGUGUCCCACGUGCCGAAUCGAAGUGGAGAUGACUACUGGAGAUAACGCUGAUGAAGAUUUUGAAAAUGUACCGCGAUAUGACUAUAUGAUCAAUCCGCUAGAUUAUCAAGAUGGGGAGAAUAUGACAGAGAAUGAAGAUGAUAGUACAGAUGAGGAGAAUGUGACAGAAAAUGAGAAUGAUACAACAGAUGAGGAGGAUAUGACAGAUAAUGAGAAUGAUAGAACAGAUGAGGAGGGUAUGACAGAGAAUGAUUCUGAUAGUGAUUUUACAGAUGGAUACGAGGCAAUUGUAGAUUAUGAGGAUGUGAAUGAUUAUGAGGAUUACGAUGAUGGAGAUGUGGAUUUUGAGAAUGAAGAUGAUGUAGAUGUGGAUUAUGAGAAUGAAGAUGAUGUAGAUGUGGAUUAUGAGAAUGAAGAUGACGUAGAUGUGGAUUAUGAGAAUGAAGAUGAUGUAGAUGUGGAUUAUGAGAAUGAAGAUGAUGUAGAUGUGGAUUAUGGAGAUGUGGAUUAUGAUGAUGAUGUGGUCUAUGAAGAUGUUGACGAUGGGGGGGAUGUGGAUUAAUUUUGAGGUGUUGUCUUUCAGGUGACUAUACUUGAACAUCAGGCUGCUUUUAUACUUAAUGUUAACUUGAUUUUAACACUUGAUCAGGUGAAUUUUCAAUCAAUAUGGAUAAACUAAGAUAAAAAUUUAUGUGAAAAAAGUUGCAUAAACUAAAACUGUGAAAACCUUUACAAUUAGUAUAUAAAUUACCUUCAAUGGCUUACAAUGUUGUUUUUACAUGCGUUAUUAAUUUUUUUAAUGAUAUCUGAUCAAGCACUGAUGUGGGAAAAAAUUAUUGCCUCAGAUGAUAAAGAACAUUUCCUGGGGAAUACAUUACAUUGAUUGAAAAUUCAAACUGCAAAAAGAAAAAAUUAUACUACCUGUGUCAAGGUUUAUAAAUUUGUCAGUAUUAUAAUAAGCAUCUUGAUUUUUGUAAUUCAUAAAAAGGCAACAAAGUAUUAUGGUUUGCAAAAUCCUUAUAUUGAUAAAAUACUCAUUAAGUGUAUUAUCUUAAUAAAUGCUAAACGUUUAUUUCAUAGCAUUUGAAAUUAAGAAAUCUUCUUUAAAAUGUGACUGCUUUUAUUGAGUAGAUUAUACUGUGUAAUAAAUUAAUCUCUUUAAACAAUUGUUUUUUGGAACUUUGCAAAGUAUUGGUAAAAAUUAAGUUGGUUGAUAGUUAUAAAUUCCAGAAUCACUUUUUAAUGGAUUGGCACAUUACUCAUAUUUGUAUAUUUUUAUACGAGUUACAUUCUACAACUAUCUGUGAAGAAAUGAACAGAACUGUACAUCUGUUAUUAGAAUAGUCAGUGGUUUCUUUUAUAAUUUAAAUUCCAUUUUAGGUUCUGUUGUGUAGGAAUGGUUAUUUCAAUGGCAAUUAAAUAUGGGUUUUUCUUGUCUUUUUUAUAAACCUAAA